CCACUCAUAUCCAUCACUAGCUACCACCUCUCCCUCUCCAUAGCACUCAUGGCUUCCCUUCACCACCAACUCUCCCUCGUCUUCCUCCUCUUCCUUGCCUCCUCUUCGUUCCAAAUCCAUGCUAGAGAAAGCCGAUUCUUCAUGAAGACCACACGCCCCGAGGACCCCAAGGAAGCCACUCCCAUCCCCGAAGAGACCCCUGCCGUCAAAAUGGAAGAUCCUUCGACUCUUCCUCCACUCCAGAGCCUGAGCGGUAGUGGCUAUGGUCUCUAUCGCCAUGGCCAGGAGCAAUUCACGCCGGCUACGACAACAGACAACAACAACAACAACUACUACUACAAUAACGCCCGUCCCAAUACCGAGCUCACUAGGAGAUUCGAAGGCCAUGGCCAGGAGCAAUUCACGCCGGCUACGACGACAGACAACAACAACAACUACUACUACAAUAAUGCCCGUCCCAAUACCGAGCUCAAUAGAAGAAUCGGCGGCCCACCCCAGGAGCAAUUCACGCCGGCUACGACAACAGACAACAACAACAACUACUACUACAAUAAUGCCCGUCCCAAUACCGAGCUCAGUGGAGAAAACUACGAGAACAAAUACAAUGGCGGAUACAACUAUGCCAACCAAUUCAAAUAUGCGUACAACGGUCCAUCAAAGUUCUCCAACGAAGAGUUCAAUGGUGGAAACCAUGAGACCAAAGGGUACAGCAACUACGUAGAUCCAAACAAGCAAUACGGCAUGAGCGACACAAGGUUCUUAGACAACGGGAGGUACUUCUACGAUGUUAAUGCCGGGAGAAACCGCAACCAGUACGAAACGUACCCAACCAGGGGAAAUUCUGAAGCUGGCGCAAUAGGAGGGUACCAGAACAACCAGGUGAACCAGGUGAGUCGAGAGGACUAUGUUCCAUGAGCGAUUGUUUAGGAAUUAAUCGGAUAGAGUUGAUGGAACAACAUUGAAGCAAGCUGGAAGGUUUGAUGGUCAUCAUAGCGUGUAUGUUUAAGUACUGUUUUUUCUUUGUUUUGCGAUGUUAAGUUGAGUGAGGAUAGCCAUUAAUGUGUAGGGUCUCCAAUUUGCAUCCAUGUACUGAUGCAAAAGAUGAAUAAGUGUAUGCCAUAGAAUGUCUUUCCCAUGUACUCUUACACUAUUUAGCUAUCUAAGCGACAAAAUGUGGCCUUCUUCCAAUUUGCAAUCUCA